AUGGCGACCGUCACUAUGACUAUGCCGCCACCAUCUUCGAAGCCCAAGAAAAAUGCCAAACUUCCCUCGGAGAAUGAACGGUUUAUGCGAGCUUGUUCUGAUAUUGCGAAUGCCCUAAUUCAGGACCAUGAAUCACAGAGGGAUCCCACGAAGCCCCGCAAAGAUAUCAACCUCAACAAGCUGCGGGGUCAAAUCGCCAAAAAGCAUGCCUUGUCCACUCAACCCCCGUUGACAGCCAUCAUCGCGGCAGUUCCCGAGCAUUAUAAGAAAUAUAUCCUCCCCAAAUUGAUUGCCAAACCAAUCAGAACUUCCUCCGGUAUUGCCGUCGUCGCCGUCAUGAGCAAACCCCACCGCUGUCCCCAUAUCGCAUACACUGGAAACAUCUGUGUCUAUUGCCCCGGUGGCCCCGACUCCGAUUUCGAAUAUUCCACGCAGUCUUACACUGGCUACGAGCCCACCUCGAUGCGCGCCAUCCGUGCCCGCUAUGAUCCUUUCGAACAGGCUAGAGGGCGUGUUGAUCAGAUCAAGUCCCUCGGCCACAGCGUUGAUAAGGUGGAAUAUAUCAUUAUGGGUGGGACGUUCAUGUCUCUUCCGGAAGACUACAGAGAAUCCUUUGUGGCCCAGCUCCAUAAUGCCCUGAGUGGCUAUCAAACAGACAACGUCGACGAAGCGGUGCAGGCCGGUGAGAUGAGUAACAUCAAGUGCGUCGGUAUCACCAUCGAGACUCGUCCGGACUACUGUCUCGACACCCAUCUGAGCAGUAUGCUGCGCUAUGGCUGCACGCGACUGGAGAUUGGAGUCCAGAGUUUGUACGAGGAUGUUGCCCGGGACACGAACAGAGGCCAUACUGUCGCUGCGGUGGCGGAAACCUUUAAGCUCGCAAAGGAUGCCGGUUUUAAGGUGGUCAGCCAUAUGAUGCCCGAUCUUCCCAAUGUGGGCAUGGAGCGCGAUCUCUUCCAGUUCCAGGAAUACUUCGAAAACCCAGCUUUCCGGACCGACGGUCUGAAGCUCUACCCCACCCUCGUCAUUCGUGGAACCGGUCUCUACGAGCUAUGGAGAACUGGUCGGUACAAGAACUAUACCCCGAACGCGCUGAUCGACCUCGUUGCCCGGAUUCUGGCUCUAGUGCCCCCGUGGACUCGUAUCUACCGUGUCCAGCGCGACAUCCCCAUGCCGCUCGUCACUUCCGGUGUCGAGAACGGCAACCUGCGUGAGCUCGCCUUGGCCCGUAUGAAGGAUUUCGGAACGACCUGUCGCGAUGUCCGGACCCGAGAGGUGGGUAUCAAUGAGGUCAAGAACAAGAUUCGACCUUCGCAAGUGGAGCUGGUUCGUCGGGACUACUACGCCAACGGGGGCUGGGAGACCUUCCUGGCCUACGAGGACCCCAAGCAAGACAUCUUGAUAGGUCUUCUGCGCCUCCGCAAGUGCAGCGCCACGCACACCUUCCGCCCCGAAUUCACCGGCCAACAGACCAGUAUUGUCCGGGAGCUGCACGUCUACGGCUCGGCUGUGCCCCUCCACGGCCGUGAUCCCCGCAAGUUUCAGCACCGCGGAUUCGGCACCUUGCUCAUGGAGGAGGCCGAGCGAAUCGCCCGUGAGGAGCAUGGCAGUCAAAAGAUCAGUGUCAUCUCCGGAGUCGGUGUUCGCAGCUAUUACGCUCGUCUGGGUUACUCCCUGGAUGGUCCGUACAUGUCCAAGACGCUGGAUCCCAUUGAAGAUGAGGAGUUCUUCUGA